AUGGACACCGCUACCGAGUACCAGACCGCUGAGCGGUUCCACGGCAUAUUCAAGCCGACCGAGUCUCCCCAGUGGACCAAGCCGUACAACCAUCUUCCUCUGCUCAUCAAGGAUGGCUUCAACCUCUCUACCCUCUUAGCAAUCGGCGCCUUGAUGCAGUGCUUCCUCUUCUCCACCAUUCCCGCCAAGUACGCCGUCAUUCCGCCUUUGGCCAUGGGUCUCAGCUCUAUUGUCUCGACCAUCCUCGAUACUCGCUCCGAGAAGUCCAACCCCUUCAUGAAGGGUGUCGUCCGCGGUCGCACCAGCGCUCAGUUCCCCGAUCCCUCCACUGGCGCCAUCCCCGCUGUCGCCGCCUCCCAGUCCCUCGUCGUCUUCCACCUCGGUGUCCGCUUCAACCAUCCCAUGGGCCUCCUCUGCCCUGGCGGUCGCGAGAUCGGCCAAUACUUCCGGGAGAUGAACAAGGACCUCGCCCAACGCGCUUCCGAGUACGGCCUCUACCACGUCUCCAACUGGCUCGGCGCCGACGGCCCGCGCAACAACUCCCUGCUCAACAUCUACUACUUCCGCGACGUCGAGGGCCUCAACAAGUUCGCUCAUGACCCCAUCCACCGCAAGGGCUGGGACUGGUACAACGGCAUCAAGCAGCAGUACAACCACAUUGGCAUCUACCACGAGAGCUUCGUCACCAACGCCGGCCAGUACGAGACCAUCUACGGCAACAUGAAGCCUCUUCUUCUUGGUGCCGCCAGCGUCGAGUGUCAGAGCGAGGAGACCAAGGAUAAGGUCUGGGUCAACACGCUCGUCGACGCCAACGUCGGUCCCCUUCGCGGUAUGAUGCGCCGCAUGGGCAAGAGGGAUGCUCCCCUCGCACACUAUGCCUAG